AUGUCACAGAACCUCCGAAAUAAAAACAGACCAACAAUUCCUUCAAAACGUGGCCGGCCCAAGAGUGCCAGUAAUGAAAAAUCAGCAGUUCCAGCAGAUGCCGGUGCUGGUGAUGCAGCGACUAUUCAGAACCUGUUGAUCCGCAUGAACCAAUUUGAGACUGCUGCGGAGCUGCGCGAAAAGGAGAACAAAAUGCUUCAAGAGCAGCUCGCUGCUGCAAAAGCACUACUUCAGCCAGCUCUUGCCGCCAGUCAUGCCCACCUCGAAAACCAGAUGGAACCUGAAGACCAUGAAGACCAUUAUGAUGAAGUACUUCAAAAAGAGCUGGCUGAAGCUUGCGCCCGACUUGAUGCACAGACUCCAUGUGAUCACCCAAAUACAAAAGACUCCACAUUUGGGCCACCUGCACAGAAUACCAGACAAAUGUUUGAAGUAGAUGCGGUCAAUGUCUUGAACCAGGAAGAGCCCGAGUAUAAACCAACAGUCCCAAAACCAUCGGGACAGGCAUGGAAGGAUUACUCAAUCUGUGUUGAGAUGGGGUUAGCUAAAAGUUCGGAGAGUAUUAAGAAGUAUAAGGCAAUACUGCGUGGCGUUCGCGAGGCUGUAAUGCAGUCCCGUCUGCCUUGGCAAAAUGCAUGGGCUGAUAUCCCUGCAGCGGAUAAAGCAAUGAUUCUUGCUGUAAUGCGCAGCCGGCAUAAAUUUCUACAACGCUUCAUUAAUGACUGGGCAACUGUUGACAUGAUACGACAGUAUCUGAAAAACAAGCGCAAGCCUCUUUAUCGUAGCGGUGAACUGGAAAUUCCACCGAAAUAUGCUUACCUCAAGUCCAAUGCAGCGAAAAGAGAUCAGGGAAAGUCUCGAAGAAGCAAAGCUGUGGAAGCUCGAGAAGCUCGGAGGCAGGAGAGAAAGAGAGAGAAGCGUGCCGCAAAAAAGCCAGAAAGGAAAGCCGGGCCCAAGCUUGUUCAGAGGGACACAGAUGCUGAGAUGGGAGAUGUGGGCGGGGAAGAUGAUGAUGAGGGUGACGGUCAAUAA